GCCAGGGCUAUCGUCGAGCUGCGGGUUUCUGGCAGCCAUAGCCCCCCUGUCGAGCUUUCUCGACGUUGCUGCAGCGUCGCCUGCCCUGCUUCUCCUCCUCUUCUUCACUGCUGGGGAGCUUUGUUUCCUCAAGUCAACAGGAAUCUAGCCGCAAUCGCAAUCGCAACUGGAACCCCGCCACCCCGCUCCUUCCGUCGUGUCUCAUUCCGGCCCUCCGCCCGUCUCAUCCGCUCCUUCGCCCGCCACUACCGCCGAAGCACUUCGCGGCUUGCGUUAGCAUUCCUGCAUAAAGCUCUCUUCCUCCCCACGCCGGAGGUCAGCAGCAGCCGUCAGCGCGCGACCAGUCUCGCGCGAGCAGCAGUGCGCGACCAGCAGCGCGCCAAGCCCCUCCGGUCUCAGUCGCCGUGUGACCCUCUUAGGUUCCGAAACGCAGCGAUACGAUACGAUACGAUACUCUAGUAUCGCGAUUCGGAGCCCUAGAUUCGAUACCUGACACCCGGAUCUACCGUGAUUCUCCUCGACCGGUCGAUCCGGAAGCUCUAGAUUCGCUAUCGGAACCCUAGAUCCGGUAUCUGAUACGCUUGUCGAGGCGCCACUCGCAGAUCCGCUAGUCGAUCUGCUAGUGGAUCCCUAGAUCCGAACCGCUAGUCGAGCCACUUUUAGAUCCGCCAGUCGAGCCGCCAUGAAUCUCGGGGCGAUGAAGAACAUGAAAGUGCCGCCCGGGGCUGGCGGCGCGAUCGGAUCGGUGCUUCGCGCUGCGGUGAUUGGCGGAGCGGUGCUGUACGGUGCCAUGCACAGUCUGUAUAACGUGGAGGGCGGUCACCGCGCGAUCAUCUUCAACCGAUUCUCCGGAAUUAAAGACAUGGUGUACCAGGAGGGCACGCACUUCAUCAUCCCCGGUAUUGAGUGGCCCAUCAUCUACGACGUGAGGGCGCGGCCUCAUCUGGUGGAGAGCACGUCCGGCAGCCGCGACCUGCAGAUGGUCCGUAUCACCCUGCGAGUGCUGACUCGCCCCAUGUCCGACCGUCUCCCCACCAUCUACCGCACCUUGGGUCAGGACUACGCCGAGCGCGUGCUGCCGUCGAUCGUGCAGGAGACGCUCAAGUCCGUGGUGGCGCAGUACAACGCCAGCCAGCUCAUCACGCAGCGAGAGUCCGUGAGUCGGGAGAUCCGGCGUAUCCUGGAGGACCGAGCCGCCAGUUUCAACGUUGCUCUGGACGAUGUGUCCAUCACCAACCUCACGUUCGGCCGCGAGUUCACGGCAGCCAUUGAGGCGAAGCAAGUGGCAGCGCAGGAGGCAGAGCGGGCCAAGUUCGUUGUGCAGAAGGCGGAGCAGGACAAGCGCGGAGCGAUCAUUCGAGCGCAGGGAGAAGCCACGAGCGCCCAGCUGAUUGGAGAGGCCAUCGCCAACAACCCGUCCUUCAUCACUCUGAGGAAGAUUGAAGCGGCGAGGGAGAUCGCCAACACGCUAGCCAACAGCAGCAACCGGGUCUUCCUCUCGUCUGAUUCGCUGCUGCUCAACCUUGCUGCUGAGGAUAAGGAGGUGCCGCCCGCUCCUGCUGCUGCGGCAGCUGGCAAAAAGAAGUAAAUGUAGCGUGAACUGCCAUUUUUAGCUUAAUUUUGACAAGUUUGGUCCAUACCGCGUGUCGUAGAGGAAGCUAGUAAGGUGGCUUACGUAUGAAAUACAUCAGAUUGGCCGCCGCAUUGUGUCUAAGCAACCUUAUGCCAUAGCAUUUCAACCACAAAUCUUACGUC